AUGUCUUCGCUAAGGAUUCUGGUGAUUGGAAACAAUCCGAACGUUCUAUUUUAUGCUUGGAGAUUACAGCAAUCGAAAAGCGUGAGCGUUAUUUAUGUCAGUAGCGCAGCCCUCGGCGAAAUUAAGAUCGAGACAGAACAGUAUGGGAGCGAAACCUUCCGCUUUAAAAACCACUACGAGAGUGUAGAUGAUCUGUUGAAGCGAAGUGAACAAUCUGUGUUUGAUUUGGUUAUUUUGAGUGCUUCGUCACUACAAGAGAUCUCAUCAGUGUCGGGCAAACUUAAUGCGCUUUUGAACGUGAAUACGAAAAUAUUAGUGGAAAGCACUGGAUUUGUGCAUUUAGAGCCAUUUGUUCGCAUGUCAAUUGAGUUCAAAAAGCUGAAGGUGUUCUCAAUUAUGUCGGAGUUUGACAUUCGCCAAGUCUCGGCAAGCACGUUCAAACAGUUUAACGGGAAAAAUGGGAAUUGCAAAAUUUACCUGGGAACGUCGAUGACGAAACAGACCUCGAGCUCUGGAGCCCGAUAUUUGAACGAGGACGCCGCUCUGCUCGAGACUUUCAAACGGCUUUUCAGCAAGCUGUUCCCACGUGAUCAGCUUGACCUAUGUGGUCUGUCGGGACUCGACUUCCUUUGCCAACAGUGGUCAUUGGCACUGCCCAAGAUCUGCUUUGACCCCCUUAUGAUUCUGCUUGAGGUUUCACAACCUGCCAAGCUACAGGAACAGAUUUUGGCCAAGCCCCUCAUCUCGGGCCUUAUAACCGAGGUAAUAACGGUGACUAAGAGUAUGGGCGCUAGGUUACCGCAGGGCCUAGAUAAUGAGAGCACUUUAGUGGUCAACUGGCUCGAUUUCAACCAUAACGAUACGCCGAAGCUACUCUAUCACUUUUUGCGCAAAUCGGCUUCCUUGGACAUAGACAUGCUGCUACUGCAGCCCAUCCUUCUCGCGGACGAUUACGGCAUAAAAACGCCGUAUCUUGAGUUUUUAUAUUCCAUGAUGUGCCAAUUACAGAAGAUUAACAAUGGUCAGUCGGAGUUGUUCGGACGCCUGGAUGAUCACAAGAACAACAAAGACGAAAUAGCUCGGGUGAAGCAACAAUGCAACUCUUUACAAAAUGAAUUAAAGGAUAGAACUUUGAAUUAUGAAACGAAAAUUGGGCAGUAUGACGAACAGAUGCGCAUGCAGGAACAGCGUAGUAAUCAACUAAUUGCCGAAAACUCCCAGCUCAAGGCUGAAAUGGCAAAAGCUAGAGCAGACCUCUCACUAGCUAUGGAAAAAGCUAGCACUGCAGAGAACAAUUUGCGUCAAAUGAUGUUGAAAGAAAAGACCCCGCCUGGAUCAGAUUUGGACAAUUCUGGUCAUGCAAACGGUCCAACAAGCAACUCAGGGACUCCAAACAUGCAUGAUAUCGAAGAUUUUGCUGUGUACGGCGUUGUGUAUGGCAAUAACUCACCCGGAGUAGCCAAAGAUGAAAGCAGUACGGAGGUACCCGCUCCUGCCACUGAGCCACCCAUCGCUUCUUUCAGUCGUGAGAAUAAUGGCAGCGAUGUUUCGCUGCGAGAACGCGAACUUGGUAUACGCAAGAAGGAAUUAGAACUGCAAGAAAAGGAAAUGGAACUACAAAGACGAGCGGCAGCACAACCAAGGCCGCAAAAAUUUCCUCCUCAACCUUUCCCCGGCCAUCAAGUGAAUCCUCCUCCACAAUUUUCAACUGGCGGUGCAUCAAGAAAGUCUUCUUACUCGCAGUUAGGUGGUAGAAAUGGAAGGGGUGUACAAGGGGCGCAAAUUAAUAGCGCCAACUUCAUUGAUCCGUUAGCCACAGGAGCACCACAGCGCCCCAUGAACAACGGUAACGGGAUACCAAACCCAGUCGUAAACCACGCCCAUCCUUCUCAUCCCAUUAAAGCUACCAGCAGAAAGAAUCGACGUAGCAACAUGCCAAAUUUGAGAAAUGCAUCUAGUUCAGAUGUUCUCUCAAUGGCUGCGACCGGCGCUGCUCCUCAAGGAGUACCCGUGAAUAACACUAACCCAGCUCCCCGCCUAAAUGCGCCACCUAAAAGCGGAGGAAACCCGUCUGUGGUCCACAGGUUCAAUAACGGUAGUCAUCCUCAGCUGGGCCCCGUUGCACCUAUUCCUGCACAUCAAGCUAGAUCCAAUUCUACUCCGUCACCGGUUGCACUUCAGCAGCGCCAGAUAAGUACCAGCACUACGGUUGACGAUAGUCGUCAAAAUUUGCAAGCUAAUUUGUCAGUGAAUUCAGUUGUUCACAGCCCGUUAGCAACCCAGCAAUUCCAAGCAGCUCAUGCCGAAGAGGGACAAACGAUUGAAGUCCCCGAAUAUUCAGCGCCUGGUACUCCUGUGGUACCUCCAAGUGACAGCACACCUACGGAUUCUUCCAGCCACGAUCAAAGUCAGGCUCUUAAUCAAGAAUCAGCAACCUCUGGAUCUGCUUCUCCAUCUGUAAAGAAAAAGUCCAAGUUUGGCAUUUUCGGCAAGAAGAAGAAGUCACAGAAGUGA